AUUUUGGUCAAAUUUCGUCCAAGAACUUUAAGAGAAUGUUAUACCCACCCUUUAACGAACCAAUCAAAUCGCGAUGCUAGGUGUAAGUGCCCGCCCAUUUCAGGCUCUUCCAAGUACCUGGACCAAUCAACGAACGCCUCGGUGUAUUCAGCCAUUUUGUAUGAAAAUCAAGGAAAUCUGCCGCCGCUCCAGAGACCUGUGGAUUAUAUCGAACGAUGGAAGGACACAAGUUAGAUGCUGAUCUUUAUCCUAUGGGACCUGGCUACGUCACAGACAUAGAUGUCUCAGUGGGUACCAAGAGGGGAUCUGAUGAACUCUUCUCCUCCUACAUCAUGACCCCAGCCAACGGUAAUGACAGUAAGAAGUUCAAAGGUGAGAUGCGGAGCCCCAGCGCUCCAUCGCGUGUCAUCCACCUGCGCCAGCUGCCCGGAGACAUCCAGGAUUCUGAGGUCAUCAGCAUGGGAAUGCCCUUUGGGAAGGUCACCAACCUUCUGAUGAUGAAGGGAAAGAACCAGGCGUUCCUGGAGAUGAACACUGUGGACCAGGCUCAGACCAUGGUGAACUACUACGCUACGGUCACCCCCCUCAUCAGACAGCAGCCUGUAUUCAUGCAGUACAGCAACCACAAGGAACUCAAGACUGACAACUCACCUAACCAAGUGAGAGUCCAGGCAGCACUGCAGGCGGUGAAUGCUGUCCAGGGUGGCACCAUGUUGGGCUCUACCAUGUCCGGUAUGGGGGGUGGGAUGGGCGCUAGCAUGUCAGUCGGAGGGGGAGAGAUGGGAGCCAGAGGCAUGGCCACCCAGAGUCCUGUCCUUAGAGUCAUAGUAGAAAACCUCUUCUACCCCGUCACACUGGAAGUCCUGCACCAGAUCUUCUCCAAGUAUGGGUCUGUUCUGAAGAUCAUCACCUUCACUAAGAACAACCAGUUCCAGGCUCUGGUCCAAUACGCUGACCCCAUGACGGCACAGCACACCAAAAUGUCUCUAGACGGUCAGAACAUCUAUAACGGCUGCUGUACUCUGAGGGUGAGUUUCUCCAAGCUGACCAGCCUCAACGUGAAGUUUAACAACGACAAGAGCCGUGACUACACCAGACCUGACCUUUCUACUGGAGAGCAACACAACCCUCAGCCUGGAAUGGACCAGCACGCGAUGGCUGCUGCCGCCUUCGGGUCUCCAGGUCUGAUCUCAGCGUCUCCUUAUGGACACGGAUUCCCCCAGGCCUUCACUCUACAGCAGGCUGCAGGUCUGUCUAUGCCCGGUGCCUUGGCGUCAUUCGGUAUGGGUCCAGGGGGCAUGGCCGCUAGUCGUCUCGGCCUGCAAGCUCUCGGCGGUGGAGGAGGACAAGCUGGCGUCCUAUUGGUCAGCAACCUCAACCCAGAGAGCGUUACACCAAACUGCCUCUUUAUUCUCUUUGGUGUGUAUGGCGAUGUGAUGAGAGUUAAGAUUCUGUUCAAUAAGAAGGACAACGCUCUGGUCCAGAUGGCUGAUGGCACACAGGCUCAGCUAGCGAUGAGCCACCUGAACGGGGUGCGUCUCCAUGGCCGGUCUCUACGUGUCUCCAUGUCUAAACACACCACCGUACAGCUGCCCAGAGAAGGCCAUGAGGACCAGGGGUUGACUAAGGACUAUGCCACCUCUCCUCUCCACCGUUUUAAGAAGCCUGGCUCCAAAAACUACAACAACAUCUACCCCCCCUCUGGCACACUGCACCUCUCCAACAUACCUCCUGCAGUAGGAGAGGAGGAUCUGAAGGCACUGUUCAGCAGUUCAGGAGCUUCAGUCACAGCCUUCAAGUUCUUCCAGAAGGACCGUAAGAUGGCUCUGAUCCAGAUGAGCUCAGUGGAGGAAGCUGUUGAGAGUCUCAUCGAGUUCCACAACCAUGACCUGGGAGACAACCACCACCUCAGAGUGUCUUUCUCCAAAUCUACCAUCUAACACAAUCACUCUCACACACACACACACAGACACACACACACACAGCUGUAACUACAGAGUAUAGACCAAACCUGUUUAUCAGAAUGCCUUCCACGUCGUUUGUAUGUCAAGUCUUAUUCCACUCGAGACACACUUAAUCAUUCCUUUAUACUUUUUUUAAAAGUUUUAUUAUUUUUACACAAUUAUUUACGUUUACUAUGGAUAUAAUCGGUUCAUAUUUUAUUUUAGUAGUUCUACUUCUAUGGAUGGAAACUCACAGAACUCUCCAAGAUGCACAUCUUGUAUUUCUGUUUCUACACUCUGCAGAAUGCACAUCUAGUCUUUCUGUUUCUAGAUUACAAUGUUUUAUUUUUUUCCAUUUGAUAUACUUAAAAAAAAAAAAAAUCCAUGCAUUAAUGUUUUCUGUUUCUGUCUGUCCUUGGGAUCUUCACCACUAGUCAUAUUGAUCUAACAAAAUGCCUUUCCGCAACAGUCUAGUGCCUUAACCAGACCAGCCGGCUAGCCUUUCCAUGCUAUUACAUUGAUUUUAUAUGAUUAGACUCUCAAAUAAGAUUUGUCUUUGAACAUCAAUAAUUUGAUUUGAAAUAUAUGGCUGUGGUCUUCCCUUUUGAUUUCUAGAUGUACACUAUGCAUUCCAGUUGUAUUUUUGUAACAUUGGUAGUUCUAUACUCUAUCAUUUUCUAUACCGUGUACUGUUAUUCUAUACCGUGUACUGAUAUCUACCGGUCACUGUGCAUCAAGUCUUAAUUCUUGCUCCAGAGGUGCCACUUAAAAUCAUGUAGCAUUUAGUCUUUAGUGCCUACUUCACCCCUAAUAUUUUACACACACACACAAUACUCAAAUUUUAUUUCAUACAGCCUUAGAUAUUUAGUGCCUACAACACAAACGUAUCUACCUUUGUUCUGGUACUGACUGUCUAUAUAUGGCUUUUGCUAUAGAUUCUUCUGCAGCAUAAAUGGUUUCAUGUAGCUAUUGAUGGUUGUUAUUGAGGACCAAAGUACCUACCACCCCUACUACUUAAACAAUCCUUGUCAGUUUAAAAGACACUGUUCUAAACUCUCUUUUCUCUCAUUGGUUUGAUUCUAUGGUCCAAAAUGAAAGAUUUUGUUUUAAUUUUAGACCUAAUCAGUCAGCCACUAGAUUUAAAAAUAGUAAUUUUGAGUGAGUUAUACCUUGAAUUUGUGAUUUGGUUUCUUGUCCCAUUUCUGUUUAAUUACAGUUAAAUUCCUCUGUUGGUAGAGUACUUUAAGCAUGAAUAUAUACUGUAUGUUGACCUAGUUGACGAUAUCACAGUGGAUAGCUGUGAUGUAGUUCUGUAUUCCUCUCCUGGUAACGGUUGUUGCUUUUAUUUUCCAUUAUGGGUUUUAUUGGGGUCAGGGGUCAACAAGAUGUGAUGUCAUGAAGCAGUAGGAGGGUUUUUGUCUGUCUAUAUUUAGUGUUUUUGUACCACAGUGAUUUGGAUUAAAGAUUCCAUUUCAUUCCAACAUGUAUAUUUUGAUAUAUAGUUAACAAACAUUGAUUCCAACAUGUAUAUUUUGAUAUAAAGGUAAUGCCAGCUUUCUCUGGAGGGCUGUAAAGAAGAGUUUUGUAUCACAAAGAAAUUAAACUUAAUGGACACAG